AUGGCCGAAGAGGACUUACUUGCCUCACGCCUAGUACACAUACAGCGACGCCACAAGAACGAAGGAAAGGACCAUGCAGCAUUGCUAGUCAAAUGUCAGGAAUACUGGAAGAAGGGCUUGAACCAGCGAGAUAAAGACUUGCAGACUACUGGCGUUGAGAACAUUAACAAGAUGCGGAGACGUAACGAGCCUGGAACCCCUCACAUUGCGCCGACAAGCGAUUCUGACCCAGACAACAAUUCUAAGCUGUCAAUAUGGGAAGCCACCAAGGAAGAAUUAUCUGUCGAGGUCGUGAGUGUACUGCUUUCAGAGGAAAGAGAAAAGGCUCGUCGACUUAACUACAAAUUUGUGGUGAAGACAACUCGCUCCGAUCACGGCGAAACUCUUAUUCAGAUUGCAUGCUGGUGGGGUCACGAGCACCUGAUGAGAUUCUUUCUGGGAGAAGGCGCUAAAGUUGACUGUAUCGAUUGCACGUCCAAUCGCUUUUCGCUGCUACACGAUGCAGCUCGACGAGGUCAUUCGAAUAUCGUACUUGGCUGCUUUCUAAGCAUUGGCUUUUGUGCAACGUGA